CUGUCUGAGUAUGCUACCUACCGCUGAGUUUUCCUGUUUAUUGAUGUCCUGCCCACAGCUGUUGGCGGGAUGUCAGUGUUUGAUCAAAGACUCUGCCCCCGGCAGCUGCACACAUCCCGAGCCCGAAAAUAAUAACUUCCAGCCGCAGCGUCCCGGAGCAGUCUGACCGCAGACCCCCACAUCGGCUCGGAUCCCUCACCGCGCCGGACCUCAGCCGCCGAGACCGAGACGAGGUGAGGGGUUCGAUAUUAGCCAUUGAUGUCUGAACAUCCCUGAUCUACAAAGCACACCCCAGCUGUGGGAACGGAGGUCAAGAGAUGGACGUAAAUUGGGCUGCAACCCUCUUCGUGUUUGGGAUGAUCUGUGAUUCAUCACGAGGGCAUUGGCAAUGGACACAAUGGUUCAAUAUCGACCAUCCCGGAGGGAGAGGAGACCUCGAGCGACUCGAUGCUAUCCAGAGGCACUACCCAAACAAGCUGUGCCCCUCACCGGUCGGUGCGCAGGCCCGCACUACGCAGGGCGUACCAGCCGCGCUGACGGGAGAGGCAUUUCACCUCAGCUCCCAGCGUGGCUUCUGGUGUCUCAAUAAAGAGCAGCUCCCGGGGAAACACUGCUCGAAUUAUGCCGUCAGAUUCCAGUGCCCUAGAGGACCCGUUUCUGCUGUGGCUCUGGGCUCCUGGUCCACAUGGUCCGAGUGGGGAGCGUGCAGCGCAGGCUGUGAGCAGACGGGGGUGCAGACGCGGACACGUUCCUGCCCCUCGGCACUGCCCAACGACCGGCAGCAUCACUGUCCCGGACCUCUGCAGGAAGGGCGGAUGUGUACGGGUCCACCUUGCACAGUUGCCCCGAGGCUGAUCAUCAGUCCAGCGAGGAGCAGGGAAGAAGAGCAGACUGCCGGCUGCGGGCUAAUUUGUUCCAUGGGCCGUGUGAACGCAGCCUGCAGCCGUUGCAUGUGUGAGGACCACACCCUCCUGGGGUCAGUGCGGCUGCAGGACGGAGCUCCAGCCUCCGGGGCCACGGUCCACCUGCGGGGAGACCCGGACUCACUGCUGACAACUUGCGAUGACAAUGGCAAGUUCAAGAUUCCCGGUCUCUGCCCCGAUGGCAACACGGCUGUGGAGAUUCGGAAGCCCCGAUAUGGUGUUGCUGUGGUCGUACUGGACAAAGGCACCGACAAAGUCUCCAUCAUCAGCGUAAAGCUCAAGAGAUCCGUGAAGCCGUUCAUCAGGUCACAGCCCCAGAGCAAGAUCAGACGUGAGGGACAGAGCGUCACUUUCUGCUGCAAGGCCGUGUGUGAUCCACCUGCCAACAAGUACUCCUGGUACCACAACGGCUCUUUGCUGGACGAGGGGGGAGCUGGCCACGGCAGUGUGUUGGUGUUACACUCCCUGCAGCCACAACACGCUGGGCAGUACUCGUGUCGUGCCAGCAGCCCUGCCGGUUCCAUUAAAUCCCAGCCAGCCACACUCACCGUGACAGCACUGACGGCUCCUUCUUGUAAUCCAGCCCCCGAGAGCUAUUUCAUCCGACUCCCGGCUGACUGUUACCAAAACCGGAGCCAGUCCUUUCUCUACGACGCGGGGCGGUGUCCUGCCGCAGCGUGUGCCGGGGACCAGGAGCCGGAGAGGGAGUGCAGAGAUGCGACGACGUUCUGCUGUGGGGUGGUGCAGCUGGAGGACAGGAGCAUAUCCUGCUCUGGGUACACACUCUCCAUCAGGGUGGUGAGGAAGUGUGGGUGCCAGAGGUGCGUAGAUAUCAAGGCCACCGUGCGUGGCCGCGCAGUAGCGGCUGACAAUGGGGAGCCCAUGCGCCUCGGGCAGAUCUUCAUGGGCGGGAGGAAAGUCGGUAUGACCGGGUACAAGGGCACCUUCUCAAUGGCGGUCCCGACCGACGUCGACAGGUUGGUCCUGACCUUUGUGGAUCGUUACCAGAAGUUUGUGAAUACCACGAAGGUACUGGCCUUCAACAGGAACGGAGGGUCUGUGUUUCACCAGAUUAGACUUCUAAGAAAGAAGCCAGCGAUGACGCUAGACUCUUCUGUCAGCAACACCAUCAGCCUGGGGGCAAGUGAAAAACGAAAACCCAUUGCUGAACUGGAGAUCCCAGCCAACUCAUUCUACAAGCAGAAUGGGUUGGUUUACAGGGGCCUGGUGAAAGCCAGCAUCACCUUCCUCGAUGCCAGAGACAUCUCCAUGGCCUCAGCAGCACAGAGUGACCUGGACUUUCUUAGUGAAGAGGGCGAUGUUCUGCCCUUGAGGACCUAUGGCAUGUUUUCUUUGGACUUCACCGACGAAGCUGCAUUGAACGAUCUCAACGCUGGUCAGGUGAGGGUAUUCCUGGACACUGCCCAAGUCCAAAUGCCUCAACACUUGGAACUGAUGAAGCUGUGGUCUCUCAACCCUGACACUGGCUUCUGGGAAGAAGAGGGGAACUUCACUUUUGCCCAAAGCCGGCGAGGGAGACGCGAGGAGCGAACCUUCCUGGUGGGUAACAUGGAGAUUCGAGAGCGGCGCCUCUUUAACCUGGACGUCCCCGAGAGCAGGAGGUGCUACGUCAAAGUCCGCACCUUCCAAGGCGACCGCUUCACGGCCGGCAAUCAGUUGGGGGGAGCGGUGGUAUCGCUCAUUAACCUAGAGCCCCUGCCGGGGUUUAGCUCCAAUCCCCGGGCCUGGGGACGCUUCGACAGUGUGGUCAGCGGUCCCAACGGGGCCUGUGUGCCUGCUUUCUGUGACGAGCGUCAGCCCCACGCUUACUCCGCCUACGUGACAGCGACCCUCAGGGGAGAGGAGCUCGAGGCCGUGGCUUCCUCCCGCUCCCACUCCCUGACAUCCAAUAUUGGCGUGCAGCAGCCCCUCCUGCAGAAGUUCCAAUACAGGAGGUCAGACCAUGAGGACCCCAGGGCCAAAAAGACAGCAUUCAGGAUAAACAUGGCCAAGCCCACCCCCAAUGUGGCAGAGGAGGUGAAUGGUCCCGUUUACCCUUACGAGAAGCUGCGAGAGUGUGAGGAGGCGCCCUUCAGUGCUGCUCAUUUCCGCUUCUACAGGGUGGAGGGUGAUAGAUAUGAAUACAACACCGUAGCCUUCAACGAAGAUGACCCGACGAGUUGGACAGAGGACUACCUGGCCUGGUGGCCGCAGCCCCUUGCGUUCCGAGCUUGUUACAUCAAACUGAAGCUCAUCGGAACGCAGGACAUCACGGUGAGGUCUCGCAACCUGGGCGGUACGCACCCCCGGACCGUAGGCCAGCUGUACGGCCUGCGAGACGUUCGGAGCACCCGCGAUGCCAACCAGCCCGGCGUCUCCGCCGCCUGCCUGGAGUUCAAGUGCAGCGGCAUGCUCUACGACCAAGAGCGGGUCGACCGAACGCUGGUGAAGAUCAUCCCACAGGGUCACUGUCGCCUGGAGAACAUUAACAACAUGUUCCGGGAAUAUCUGGUCAACUCCCUGCCUCUUGCUGUCAACAACGACACCAGCCAGUUCACCAUGCUGGCUCCCCUCGAUCCUCUCGGCCACAAUUACGGCAUCUACACCGUAACUGACCAGGAUGCUGCCACUGCCAAGGAAGUAGCGCUUGGCAGGUGCUUUGAUGGAAGUUCAGACACCGUCUCCAGAGUCAUGAAGUCCAACGUGGGAGUGGCGCUGACCUUUAACUGUGCAGACAGGCCCGCGGGCCAGCAGAACGCCUUCCAGAGCCUGCAGAACUUCCCAGGACAGCCGCUCGUGUACAGUCAGCGAGUGGGAAGAGGAAAGAGAGGUCGCUUGUUUAGUACAUUGAGAAAAUACAUGCAAGUGCCAAGAGCGUAGGCCGACACUGUGUGGUUCUGUGAUGUGGAUUAAACCAGCACCUCACUCCAAACUCUGUAGUUCCAAAUUAAACUACAAGUUCAAAUCUUUAGGGAGGAAGUUACUUCCAAAUCCUGAGAACUGUGAUACUAGUUCUCCAUUCUAUUUAUUUCUGGUAGUGUUCCAACGCAGAGCUUUCCAGAACACACCAUGUAGGAUGUGUUCAGGCAAACAUAGAACAUUACAGCACCGUACAGGCCCUUCAGCCCACUUUUAGCCUGCUCCAAGGUCAAUCUAAGCCCUCCCACCCACAUUGCGCCCUAUUUCUCUAUCACCCACAUUCCUAUCUUAUUGAAUGCCCCUCAUGUGUCUGCCUCCACCAUCAGCCCUGGCGGUAUCCAUCUGUGUGUAAAAACAAAAUAGGUCUAGCAUCCCUCAUAUACUUUCCUCCAAUCACUUAAAAUUGUGCCAUUUCCACCCUGGGUAAAGGUGAUGGCUGUCCACUCCACUUGUGCCUCUCAUCAUCUUGUAUACCUCUAUCAAGUCACUUCUCAUCCUCCUUCACUCCAAAGAGAAAAGGCCCAGCUCGCUCAACCUUUGCUCAGAAGACAUGCUCCCUCGUAUUGGAACUAGCAUAAACAACCUUUCUCUUCACUUGCUGGCUUGAAUUUCCUGUACUUCUGACAUAACGAAUUUGUAUUUGGCUCGUAGUUAGUAUUAUGCAAUACCAGAUGUUUCUAAAAUAAAGAGCUCAAGUUUUACAUGCGCAUUGUCCUUCUGCUAAAUAUGACUGUGCUGAGAACGCUCCUGAACACUCCAGGACUAGAGUUACGGAGGACUGGAUAUCUGGGGAUGGAUUUUCCUGCAGCAGGGAGAUACAAUAUUCAAAUUCACAUGCAGUGUGGUACUGUUAGGAGAAACUUGCAAGAGGGUAGGAACAAGUUUAAGUUUGUAGCUUACGGGACUGGAACCCUUACUGAAGUAAACCUUACAGAGCCUCUACAAAGGGUCACCAAUCUUCUUUAUGCCAUGGACCCCUACCAUUAACCAACGGGUUCAUGGAAACCCUGCUCUACCACCGCGAAGACACUAAACUUAGAUUGGAGCAGAAACAGCAUUUCACCAUAAGACACAGGAGCAGGAAUUGUCCAUUCAGCCCAUUGAGUCUGCUCCGCCAUUCCAUCAUGGCUAAUUUAUUAUCUCUCUCUCAAUCCCAUUCCCCUGCCUUUUCCCCAUAACUUGUGAUUCCCUGUCUAAUCAAGAACCGAUCAACGUCCAAUGACUUGGCCUCGACAGCCUUCCGUGGCAAUGAAUUACACAGAUGCCUCACCCUUGGGCUAAAGAAAUUUUUCCUCAUCUCUGUUCAUCCCUCUAAUCUGAGGCAGUGCCCGCUGGUCCUUGACUCACCCGCUAUAGGAAACAUCCUCUCUAUCUAGGCAUUUCAAUAUUCGAAAGGUUUCAUUUAGAUCCCUCCCCCCCAUUCCUGCAAACUCCAGCGAGUACAGGCCUACAGCCAUCAAACGCUCCUCAUACAUUAACCCUUUCAUUCAGGAAAUCAUUCUCAUGAACCUCCUCUGAACCCUCUCCAAUGCCAGCACAUCAUUUCUUAGACAAUAGGCCCAAAACUGCUCACAAUACUCCAAUGUGGCCUGGCCAAUGCCAUACAAAGUCUCAGCAUUACAUCCAUGCCUUUGUCUUCCAGUCCUUCUGAAAUGAAUGCUAACAUUGAAUUUGUCUUCCUUCUCAAGCUGCAAUUUAACCUCAGAAUCAGGUUUAUUAACAGCUUUAGGGUGUUCUGCACAAGGACUCCCAAUUCCCUUUGCACCUCUGAUUUCUGAAUUUUAUCCCUGUUUACAAAAUAGUCCAUGUCUUCAUUCUUUUGCCAAAGUUCAUGACCAUGCAUUCCCUACAUUAUAUUCCAUUGGAUACUUCUUUACCCAAUCCCCCAAUCUGUCCAAUCCUUCUGUAGACACCCUGCUCCCUCAAUCUAUCUUCGUAUCAUCUGCAAACCUGGCCACAAACCCAAGAAUUCCUUAUCCAAAUCAUUCACAUAUAAUGUGUAAAGAAAUGGUCCCAAUACAGACUCCUGCAAACAGCACUAGUCACUGGCAGCCAAAGAAAAGGCCCCCUGCUCUUUGCCUCCCACCUGUCAGCCAAUCUUCUACGCAUGCUAGUACCUUUCCUGUAAUAUCAUGGGCUCUUAUCUUGUUAAGCAUCCUAACGAGGCCUUCUGAAAAUCCAAGUACACAACAUCCACUGACUCUCCUUUGUCUACCCUGCUUCUUAUUUCCUCAAGGAAUUCCAACAGAUUUGUCAGGCAAGAUUUCUCAAGGAAACCAUGCUAACUUUGGCCUAAUUUAUCAUGUGCCUCCAAGUACCUUGAAACCUCAUCCUUAAUAAUGGACUCCAACAUCUUUCCAAUCACUGAAGUCAGGCUAACUGGUCAAUAGUUUCCUUUCUUCUUCCUCCCUCCCUUCUUGAAGAGUGGAGUGGCAUUUGCAAUUUUCCAGUCCGCCAGAACCUAGUGACUCUUGAAAGAUCAUUACUAAUACCAUGGCAAUCCCUCCAGCUGUCUCUUUCAGAACCCUGCGGUGUACACCAUCUGGUCCAGGUGACCGAUCUACCUUCAAACUUUUCAGCUUUCCAAGCACCUACUCCUUAGUAAUAGCAACACUCACCUCUGUCCUGACGCUCUUGCACUUCUAGCAUUCUGCUAGUGCCUUCCACAAUGAAGACUGACACAAAAUUCUAAUUAAGUUCACCUGCCAUUUCCUUGUCCCCCAUUACCACCUCUCCCACAUCAUUUUCCAGCGGUCUGAUAUCCACUUUCAUCUUUUACUUUUUGCUUCUCUUUUAUAUGAUUGGCUAACUUACCCUAGUUCAUCUUUUCUCUCUUUAUAGCUUUUUUUAGUUGCCUUCUGUUGGUUUUCUAAAAGCUUCCCAAUCCUCUACUGUUCCACUAAUCUUUGCUCUAUUAUAUGCCUCCUCUUUGGCUUUAAUGCUGUCCUUGGCUUCUCUUGUCAGCUACGGUUGUGUCAUUCUCCCUUUAGAAUACUUCUUCAUUUUUGGGAUCUAUCCUUCCUGUGCCUUCUGAGUUUUCCCCCAAAACACCAGCCACUGGCGUUCUGCUGUCAUCCCUGCUAAUGUCCCUUUCAAUCAAUUUUAGCCAGCUCCUCUCUCAGGCCUCUGUAAUUUCCUUAACUCCACUGUAAUAUUUAACUUCUCCUUCUCAAAUUGCAGGGUCAAUUAUCACUACCUCCUCAGAGUUCCUUUAAUCAAAUUUUGGUCAUUACAUAGCAUUCAAUCCAGAAUUGCGCUUCCUCUAGUGGAGUCAACCACAAACCGUUCUAAAAAAAUCUCGUAAGCAUUCUACAAACUCCCCCUGCGAGAUCCAGCACCUACCUGAUUUUCCCAAUUAAAAUCCCCCACGUUUAUCGCAACAUUUUCCUUUUCACUUGCCUUUUCUAUCUCCCAUUGUAAUUUGUAGCCCACAUCUUGGCCACUGUUCAGAGUCCUGUAUACAACUCCCAUCAGGGUCUUUUUACCCUUGCAGUUUCUUAUCUCUACCCACAAGAUCUCUACGUCUUAUACUCCUAUCUCAUCUCUUACCAACAGAGCCAGAGGACCCCAUCUGCCUACCCGCCUGUCCUUUUGACUUCAUAUUUCGUUCGGGUAGUCUCCUACCUGACAGCAUGAACAUCUAUUUCUCUAACUUCCAGUAAUUUCUCCCCCUUCUCUCUUAAUACAGUAUUCCCCAUCCUGAUUCCCCUCUCACCCCUUCUCUUCUCCUCACCUGACCAAUACCUCCCUCCAGUUCCCUUUCUCCCAUGGUCCACCCUCCUCUCCUAUCAGAUUCCUUCUUCUUCAGCCGUUUACCUCGUCCACCAAUCACCUCCCAGCUUCUGACUUCAUCCCCCCCUCUCCCACCCAGCUUCCCCCUCACCUGGUCUCACCUACCACCUGCCAAGUUGUACUCCUCCCC